AUGAAUUGUAAUGAGAUUAAAAUUUCUAAAAUCAAUGGGUAUGAAAAUGGAACAGAGCUAAGAAGAGGGCCAUGGACCCUUGAAGAGGACAAUCUUCUCAUUCAGUACAUAACUUGCCAUGGUGAAGGCAAAUGGAACACUCUUGCCAAAUUUGCAGGGCUGAACAGAACAGGGAAAAGUUGUAGGCUGAGGUGGCUGAAUUAUUUGAAGCCCGACAUCAAACGUGGCAAUUUAACUCCUCAUGAGCAACUCUUGAUUCUUGAACUCCAUUCAAAAUUGGGAAACAGGUGGUCUAAGAUUGCGCAGCACUUACCAGGGCGGACGGACAACGAAAUAAAGAACUACUGGAGAACACGCGUGCAGAAACAGGCACGACAGCUGAAAAUCGACUCCAACAGCAAGAAGUUUCUAGAAGCUAUAAAGAACUACUGGAUGCCAAGGCUGCUCGAAAAGAUCGAACAAAAUUCAUCCCUCUCCGCAUCAUCCUCGUCCUCAAUCGAUACAAGUACAACAACCAGUUUUACGGCCCCUUCAAUAGACUUACCCCCAAAACCGAAACCGGCGGGCAACAAUAGUAACUCAUCCAUGAGAAUACCGGAGAUUUUAACCCCAAGGGCCUACGGUAAAAUAUUCCAUGCAUGCUCACAUGAGUACUGUUACCACGUGGACAUGCCAAGCUCUCAUGACAUGGCAGGGCUGGUCGGUGAUUCGGCAAGUGAUUGCCACGUGGCGGAGAUGGAUUGGUUCCAGGAGGACUUCGGGGGCUCUUUUUGGGACACGGAUGAUGAGUUGUGGCAAUUAAGGAAGUUGGAAGAUGAUUUUGUGGUGUAG